AUGACACCCCCGCCGCAGCACCGCUCCCACGCAAGACACCCGUCAACCAUGACGGACGCCGAGCGCGCCGCCUACACCGCGUCCGAGAUGUCCGCGGCCGCAUCGCUCGUCGACGUGCCGGAUGAGAACACCGCAGGGGUCGCGGGCCAGGUCGCCCCGGGCAUGGGAGCGGCGAACCUCUCCGCGUCGCAGGUCAUGGCGCCCGUGGCGUUUAAUGCGCCCUCCUCGGCGGGGCUGGCGCCAGCCGGGCAGGCGAAGUAG